AUGUCAACAUGUGGUGAUGAUUAUCAAGAAUCUGCUAGAAAAGAAUUAAUUAAUAAACUUGUUCUAACACGAUAUGAUAAUCGAACACAACGUAUUGAUAAUAUUGAUUUUCAACUUACACCAGCUACAUUUACAUUUAAUGAUGAUUCACAAACAACAUUAAUUGAUUAUUAUUUACAUAAAUUUGAUAUCACUAUUAAAGAUCCUGAUCAACCAUUAAUUGUUUAUUGUCCACGACGACCAGGUGAAAAUACUACAAAUACAGAAGUUAAUUAUCUUGUUCCAGAAUUUUGUUAUUUAACUGGUUUAUCCGAUCGUGCACAUCGAGAUGCUCGAGCACGAAAGACACAUAAUUUUAUUCCAUUAGAUUCAACUGGACGUCAAGCUGAAAUAUCCUAUUUUAAUGAUAUGAUUCGACGAAAUAUGGCAACAAUUAAAUAUCUUGCUUUAUGGGGUAUUGAUAUUGUUCCAACCAAUUUUCCAAUACAUUCAUCCAUAGAUGAAUCAUAUCGAAAAAUUUUUCAUAACAGUACAGUUCUAGAAGAUGAUGAAGAAAAUGAACAAAAAGAUAUACAAGAUAAUGAUCAUUCUUAUGGACAUUUUACUAAUCCGAUUGAACUCAAUAAUUGGUUAUUAAUUUAUCCAAAAAUUGACGAAGAUCGAGCAUCAAUCUAUGUCAAUAUGCUUCGACAAGUAGGUCAACAACAAGGAAUGCUUAUUAAUGAGCCAAUUCAUGUGAAAAUGGAUGAUGAUGAAACAGAAACAUAUGCAAAUGCUCUUCGUACUAAUCUCAAUGAACAAAUACAACUCGUAUCAGUAAUAGUUAAAUCACGUCGAAUUGAUCGUUACAAUACAAUUAAACGUAUCUGUUGUAUUGAAAUACCAACUCCGAGCGAAAUUGUUUUAAGAAGUACAAUUGCUGAUGACGAUAUUCUACCAGGUGUUGCAUUAAAUAUUGCUCGAGAUAUUAAUUUUAAACUUGGUGGACAAAUUCGAACAACUAAUAUUAAUAUACCAAAUACAAUGAUAAUUGGUUUAGCUACAUGGACAUCGACACAUGUCAAUUAUAAAUUAUCAGAACAUCUUAAUUAUGUUUUGGCUAUUGUUGGUUCAUUAAAUUAUACUAUGACAGAAUAUUUUAGUCAUGCAAAGUCAUAUACAAAUGAAAAUGAUCUUCGAUCUGAUAUUGGAAUAUUUGUUCGAUUAGCCAUUGAUGCAUAUUAUGAAGAAAAUAAAAUUUAUCCAACAACAAUUAUUAUUGGACGAAAUGUUUUUUCAUCAUUUGAUGAUUUAAAUAUAAUUAAAGAAAAUGAAAUUCAAUCAAUUAUUGAUAUGAUUACACAUAAUAAUAUUAUAGAAGAUUAUCAACCACGAAUAAUUAUAUUUGCAUUUAUGAAACAAAUGAUUUAUGAUUUUUAUAAAUAUGUUCAGCCAAAGAAAAUUGUGAAUAUUGAUUGUUUAAUUGCAAAAGAUUCACCAAGUUAUUGUUUCUAUUUAUCAUCACAUCGUGAUCAUUGUUCAACAUUACAAGCUCGUCAAUUUCUUGUUCUAUUUGAUAAUACUGAUUUAUCAGCACAAAAAAUUCAAAGACUUAUACUUUAUUUAACAUUACAUAUUCCACAACGUAAUCAAUUUUUUUUGCCAUCAGUUUGUCGAUUUGCUCAACGUCUUUCAUCAUUAGUUGGUGAAACACUUGGUGCUUUACCAAAUUUUUCACAAUAUAAAAAUUUAUUCUAUCUUUAA